AUGCUGUCCAUUCAACUAUCUUUGGUAGCAUAUAUUAUAUUUCCCAGCUUCUGCUAUGCACAGUAUUAUUACGACGAUGAUCGAUUCCUCGUCGAAAUCGGUGACUUACUGCAUGUAGUUAGGAAAGAGGUUGUUGCUUGUUUAUAGUAGUAGGACUAUAUUGCAACGAUUUUGCCUCAAUUUAGCCCCAUACUUGAAUGCUCCAAUCAUAUAAUUUUUACUUUCUUUCGCGAUUCAGAAUCAUUUAAAACCACGUUGACUGAACGUGGAACCAAGUCUAAAUGAAAGACUGUAAACGUUAUUAAUGCCAGUUGUUGCUUCUCCUUUCAGUGCGGCUGUGACAAGUUUUCGAAAGGCUGCUUUCCAGAAGUCCCGGGUAAACCGUAUACACUAACCGUAUAUCAAGGCCCAGGUCCCGUAGGUCCUGGCGGUCCUGCCGGCCCAAAGGGCGAUCAAGGAGCUAAGGGGCCUCCGGGACCGCCCCGCACCAUGAACUGGAAGCAGUGUGUUUACAACGGACUUAGUGAUCAUAAAGACCUUGGCUUGAUAAAGGUAAUCUUCAAAUGCGAUCAUUAAGGUGCCUGAACACUGUUUCAUAGGUUAAGAUUCAUUGAGGGUAAUAAGGAGCUUAAGCAGCAGCGUUUUUGAGCGACGGACGUCAACAGGUAGUGGACUUUUUGCUUCAUUGGGGAGUGGUUUGGUUGAAAAUCUCGGGUAAAUCCUCUUUAUAAGAGAAAAGAAACUUAUCAAUUCCAUUUUUGUUAGAGUGAAGGCAUAUAUAUAGUGAGAAGGCCUUACUUCCGGUUGACGUGCGUCGCUCAAAAACGUCUUUGUUUAAGCUCCCUAUUAUUUAAGACUCGUUGCAUUGCAGAUAUGAAGUUCAAAUUUGACACGCCAAAAUAAAUUAAGACGAAAUCCAUCAGGAACUGAGUAAGUUUAAUUUUCAAUGACAAAAACUUUGUAUCAUAAUAAUUUAGAGCAUAUUUCUUUCUUUUUUUACAGUUUCUAAGGGCUGUAGAUGUUAUUAGGGAGCUUAAGCAACGACGUUUUUGAGCGACGCACGUCAACCGGAAGUGGCCUUUUUUCAUUUUUUGACGGUGGUUUCGCGCAAAUUUUCAGUCAAAUCGCCUCUAUAACAGUAAAGAAGCUAAGGAAUACAAAUUUUAUAUCAUCAAGGCAUGUUAAGAGGGAAAAUACCUCACUUCCGGUUGACGUGCGUCGCUCAAAAACGUCGCUGCUUAAGCUCCCUAUUAGCUAUUUGUAAUAAUACUAAAGAAAAUUUCUUAUGGAGGCCCGUGAAAAUAAAUUUCAAACUUAAAAAAUGAAAUUUUACCGGUAUUUUCACAAAAGCUGUGUGGUUGAAAUUCAUUUUCUCGGGCAUAAGAAAUUGUGUUUGGUAUUAGCAGAUAACUAAUUACAUCCAUAGCCCCUGAAAAGUGUAAAAAAAAAAGGAUGCAAUACGCUUUAAAUAAUUAUGGUACAAUAUUUUUGUCCACUGAAAAUUAAAAUUACUCAAUUUCCUGCCGAUGGAUUCUUUCUUAAUAGCAACAACAACAGAAUAAACAAAAGUUCCCCAGGGAAUUUCGCAGUAGCCUGGGACCAGGUUCCUUGGUGGGGAAAAUCAUUCUCGUCCCCAGAGCCUCCUGGGGGCCUGCGCACGAGGACGAGGACGAUCUGGGGGCACAGGAUUUGAAGUCCUAGAUUUUAGAAGUUCCGGUCAUUUCCGAUUCAAAAGAAAGUUGGAGGAUUCUCUUUUAAAAGCUUUGAUCACCUAAAUUUACAGUCAUUGAAACUUCUGCAAGAGCAAGUGAACGCUAUUAGAAACGUUGUAGAAAAUCAGAAAUGACCGGAAGUCCUAAACACUAGGACUUCAAAUCUUGUGUCCCCAGAGCCUCCUGGUCCUCGUACUCAGGCCCCCAGGAGGCUCUGAGGACGAGAAUGGGGAAAUGGGGAAAUAGGAAAAUAUAAUAGGAGAGCGAGGGUCAGCCCUUUCCUUCGCCGUCUCCUAUUAGAGAACUUAUAGCUGCGUGCAAGUCUACAUCGCAAUAAAAGAGAAAUUAUUUAUAAGAAUACAAGUUUCCCUACAAACAUUAAACUAAAUAUAGUUAAAAAGGUCUCUAUUUACAAAACAACGCUCGAAGCGCUCCGUAUGAAUGCGCGAUAACAUUUAAUCAGGGCCACGUUAACGAAAUGAUCGAUAAGUACGUUUACUUGGUAGAAGAUCUUUCAAACACUGAGUAUCCGUACUUUUUCCCCAAUAGUUGUUUAUCGCUAUCUCGAAUCACAUCCGUGAUGGAUAUGCACUUGUUGGUAUGACCAUAUUUCCAUGCUCGCUUGCAUAAUUUAGCGAUCUUGGAGAGGUAGUUACCCUCAUAAUCGCAUACCCAUACUUCAAUUGCGUAUAUGUAAAUACGGACAUAAUUAAGCUAUGAAACAAGUUCGUUUAAGCUCUUCUAUAGUGUUAAGUGAAAUCCCGACAAAACACCCAAGUACCCUUAAAUAGCCCCGUGACGUUUGUCACACUCAAACGUUUUGCCGUCUUUUUCUUUCUAUCGUCCAGGCCCGGGUUGCUCAAAGCAUGGUUAGUGCUAGCCAGCGUUAAAUACCAUGGAAACCUAUACAUUUUGAUACCUCUUAACCAACGGUUAGCGCUAACCAGGCUUCGAGCAACCGGCCCCUGUUGCGUAAACUCACUAUUUAGUCCCCUUCCCCAAAACGGACAGCUUGUUCAGUCAUAGGCUAAUAUCGCAGGACUGAAAUGUUCCAAGGCGCCAUGAAUUUUCGUGUGUAUGUUUAUAGAACAGGUACCUGCAGCAGAAUAAUUAGUUGAGGCAACCAAAGACACAAAUCAGAAUUUUUUUGUACGUCCAUGUUGCAUAGUCUUCUCUUUGUAUUGUACGCGAUUAAGGUGGCUGUUACAGGUCACCGCAACAGGUCUCUACUACGUACAUUGUAUGGGACCCCACACUGGGAAUACUCCUUCACUGGGAAGCGAAUAGAGAGUAUCUGUAGUAUUGACAGCAGGUAG